AUGAGAUUUUCUUCUUCUUACAUAACCGUGCUUCUUACGGUGAUCUUUAGUGAUACUCUAGUUCAAGGCCUUUCAUCUACGGACGAAUAUAGAGAUGCAGAUCUGCAGCAAACAGGAUAUUUGACUGAUCAUAACAUGGAUCCGGGAAUUAUUGACAGCUCAUCAUUUGGCCAGCUGUGGAAAGUCGCUUUCAAUUACCAAGAACAGUUCUAUGCUAAACCUCUAACAUAUACGCCACUUACAGGCGGCCCUCAGUUGCUAUUUCUUGCAUCCAACCAAAACUACAUCAGAACCCUUAAUGCCGAGACAGGAGUUCUCAUAAAUUCAAGACAGGUUCACACUCCUUUCUUACAAUCUGAUAUAGGAUGUACAGAUAUUCCCAAUUACAUUGGUAUCAUAGGCACACCAACUAUCGACCCCGCCACUGAUAUAGCAUAUUUCUUUUCCAAAACUUAUAUACCAAACUAUAGAGUUCCAGGAAAUACUGGAACGGCAAAUGGUGUUUAUUACUUUCAUGCAGUCAACAUCAGUACUUUACUUGAUGUAGAUUCUUACCCAAUACUCAUUGACGGCGCAAUUGCAGAUAAUGCCCCUCAAAAACAUUUUAUAGGAGGAGUUAUUCUACAACGCCCUUCAUUGACACAAGUUGGAAGUGUGGUAUAUGGCUCCUUUGGGGGUCAUUGUGAUCUGUUCAAUUACACUGGUCUUGUUAUGGGCAUCGACGUUAACAAAGCCAAGAUUAUCACAAAUUGGGCGGUAGAAAGUGGACCACUAGUUCCGCAAACAAACAUUUUGCUUGAUGGAGGUGGAGGCGGAGAAGGUGGUAUAUGGAUGAGUGGAAUGGGAUUGGCAACUGAUGGAGCUAGAAUUUUCCUUGUAUCUGGUAAUGGUGGCUCAUCAAACCAAGAGACACCAGCUUCAGGUUCGAGUGGUUGCCAAACACUAGGAGAAGCAACCAUAAAUCUAGCCUUGGAUAGCACUGGUGUAAUAUCUGUAUCGGAUUACUUCCAACCUUAUGACUAUCAGAACAUGGAUGCUGGAGAUCAAGAUUUUGGUAGCGGAGGCAUUGUUCUAGUUGAUCCGACAGUAUUCAAAGGUACAGGUGUAGACAAAAUGGCCGUUACAGCUGGUAAAAAUGGGAAAAUUUAUAGCUUGAAUGCGAAUAACCUUGGCGGAUAUAAGCUAGGACCCGGACAAACGGAUAAUAUCUUGCAAACAAUCGUCACGAGUGCUGCAGUAUUUGGUGCAUGCGGCUCUUAUCCCCUUGAGGGCGGUUUCAUCUAUUGUACUCCAGUCGGCUUGGCAACAUCAUUGGUCAAAACGAAUGAGGUCUCUGCAGGCCGUGUUGGAGUUGGAAUACCAACUGUCACUAGCUUCAAUAAUCAAAUCGGUACAGCAAUUCUGUGGAUGACAGACCCUGAUGCUGGUCUCCGUGCAUGGUAUGCUGUACCCCAGAAUGGUGUUUUACAAAAAAUCAAGCUACCUCAAAUAGGAGGCGCAAACAAAUUCCAGCGUCCAGCUUUCGGAAAUGGUCGAGUAUAUACAACAGACUCAAACGGCGUUCUUUACUGUCUCGGAGCACCUGUCAAUCUUCCUCUAAGCUGUACUUCUCCAAUUGAUUUUGGCAUCGUUGCGCUUGGAGAUAAGUCUGUCCAGACCGUUAGUUGUACAACCAAUAUUGCGAUUACUUCAAUAAACGGCGCAACUGUUGGAAAUGGGUAUUUCUCCAUUGAUAAUUCAACAUUGCCAACAGGUCCCUUGAAAAAGGGGGCCACAUUCACAUUUCCUGUCACCUGGGACUUAUCAAAUGUUCAAAUUGGAGCAACGCCGAAUACGUCUUUUGGAAGUGUAUCCCCUGGAAUAAAAAGCACACCAUUGACAAUCUUAACGACAAAUGCUGUCCCUGGCUUUGCUACCCUCUAUCCAAUAAGUUUGACUGGUACAGAAGUAUCCUCAAAGCCCUUUCUAGCUAUUGCUCCAACUACCGUGGAUUAUGGCGGAAUUAUCAUUACAAGUGAAAGCGACAUAAAUUCCCAAUCAGCUAUCUUUACGAUAUCAAAUAAAGGGUUGAUGGUCAUGACAAUCAUGGGGUAUGCAUAUACUGCGGAUGACCUAGAUGAUAGUCCGAUAUUCAUCAACAGUACUGUGAUAAAUGGAACAUGGGAUUUGGGGUUUGGUUACUUCAGUGCAGUAGAUCUUCCGGAAAUUGGAAGUCAGAUCGCCCCUAGCUCACAGAUAUCUAUACAAUCUUCCUUUGAACCAAACAACGGGACCGGAUCAUAUAAUUCUUAUUGGCAAGUCUGGUCCGAUGGAGGUACAGUCAACAUUAUCCUUGAGGGUAUUGCCUCAACUGCUCCAACAACAAAUUUUUCGAUAAGCAAUGGCGAAGGUGGAUGGCUUCCUCAAGCCAACCUUCUUAUGGACUUUGGCAGAGUAGCACCUGGAAGCUCAUCUUCCCAGCAGAUACGAAUUUGUAAUGUUGGCGGCUCCUCAUUGGAGAUCAGUAAGAGCAAGCCACCAAAUGGCGUCUUUCACAUUAGUGACCCGACGGAAUUGCACGAAUCACAACAGAUAGCUGUCAAUGAUUGUGCAUAUGGAACCGUUAUUUUCUCAGCAAAUGUGGAACAAUACAAUAAGCCAGACCUUGUAAUCAACAAUACUUGGACUUUGAAUACAGAUGAUGUCAAUUGGGGAGUUCACAUUGUUGAAAUCACUGGGACUGUCAUCUCGAAGAAGGUUGGUCCAGUAAAUUCUACUACUGGUCAAACAAUCUAUAACUAUCUCGGAUGCUUUCAAGAAUCUAAUAUUGGACCGCGUCUAUUACCCAAUCAAGGGUAUACACCUAACAUCACUGCAAACAGCAAUAAUAUGUGCCAAGAAGCAUGUUAUGGACUCGCACAAUACAGCUUUGCUGGUACAGAAUAUACUAGCCAAUGUUGGUGCGGCAAUACUCCACCACCAUUAGCCUCACAGGAUCCGACUAAUGCAUUGUGCAAUUUUGCUUGCCCGGGUGACCCGACCGAUGGAUGUGGGGGAACUGGCUAUGUUUCCGUUUUCUAUAACCCUACAGAAUAUGUGGCUGGAUCUGAUCCAGCAUUGUAUGGACCCAAGACAGUCAAUAGUGUCGGUAAUUACAAUUAUUUGGGAUGUUAUAGUGAAGCCUCAACUGGUCGUGCUUUGGGUGGUUUAAGCCCUCAAGCACCAUCUACAAGAUUUACAAUCGAAUUAUGUGCAACCGCUUGCAAGGGGUUCACAUACUUUGGUAUGGAAUAUGCUAACGAAUGCUAUUGUGGGAAUGCAUUAGGUGUCGGCUCGGUCAAUCAGACUAGUGGUACUCCAAGCAUUAAUGGAUGUUCCAUGCUUUGUAAGGGUAAUACCAAAGAAUAUUGCGGUGGGCCAGGAAAACUUGAUGUAUAUAUGCUGAACACAGUAACUUCUUCGUCGCCAUCUAUGAUCUCGACUAUUACAACUACAUCUACUACCAGCUCAAGUGGUGCUUCUUCGACUUCUACGACGCAGAAUACUACAUCGAAUUCCACAUCGAUUUUGUCGUCCUCAACAUCUCCAACAACGUCUAUACCCUCAACAAUAUCCAAAACUUCAACAACUUUGGCAAUUCCUACGCCCACAGGCCCCAUCACGGUAACGAAUGUCACAGGCUAUAACUAUCUAGGAUGCUACAGUGAAGCGACCACAGGUCGUGCCCUCUCUGGUCUACGGCCUGCGCCUCCUAUCGGAGGAUUCACAAUAGAAUCCUGUCAAUCAAGCUGCUCGGCCUUUGAGUAUUUCGGAAUGGAGUAUUCUAAUGAAUGCUAUUGUGGUGUAACCAUAAAUGCCGGCUCAGUUCUUCAAGAAAGCACCAUCCCAAGUGUUAAUGGAUGUAAUAUGUUGUGCGCUGGAGAUUCUGGAGAAUACUGUGGAGGUGGUUCCAGACUCAACAUGUACCAAUUUAAUGGCACUAUCUCAGCAACAUCAGGACCAAUCACAGUCAUGAAUUUAACGGGCUGGAAUUAUUUAGGAUGCUAUAAUGAAUCUACAAGGGGUCGUGCUUUGAGUGGUUUAGAAAAUCCAAUUCCGGGGAUGAAUAACAGUGUGGAGGCUUGUUCUAUGGUCUGUGAUGGGUGGACUUACUUUGGUGUUGAGUAUGGAGAUGAAUGCUACUGCGGAUCAAACAUAAAUGCAGGUGCAACACUUCAAUCAGGCUUAUUACCGAGUACAACAGGAUGCAAUAUGGUCUGUGCUAGCAAUGGGACGGAAUUAUGUGGAGGGAGUUUGAGGUUGAAUUUAUAUCAGGUCGGGUGAGGGGUGAAGUUACGAUGAGAGAAGAGCGUUAGAGGUAUAUUCGUUUAUAGCUUGGCAUCUAGCUGAGCGCUUUUGCUUUUAAUCUUACGCUUCCGUUUAUGACAAAAGAUUGAUAC